AACUCCGAUAGAAAAAACACGCUCCUAGUGAAAAUUAGAUGGGAGGUCACCUUUUGUGUUAACAACUAGAUGGGAAAAUUGACGCAUAGGUGUCAAGAAUGCACCGUUAUUAUCAACAUUUGGCGUUCGUGUGACUUCUUUCUUACGGCAAUCGAAUAAAAGCUUGAGCUCCCGGAAGAUCAGGGCGAUCCGUAAGAAGUUAUACUUGUCAAUGUGUGCAUCUCGUCUCCCGGACCUCCAUACAACGGACUCGAACGGAGAAAAGGAGAAAAUAUCGGUAGAAGACAGACCACGGCUUCGAACUUCCAUACUUAUCGCUAUACUACAGUUCCUACAUCGGAAUACGAUUCCUACGAACCAUUCGACGCAUACCAUUCGUCCCCUCGUAGAGAUUUGGCUGGUGUUGUUUCUGUACAUUAAGAAAGAGAACAUUACAGACGCCACGUGCCGAAAGAUAAUGGAUAAGGAACACAAAAGUAAUCCAUUCGAUUCAGCUAGUGUUUUUUCUCGCUUAUUUUUCUGUUGGCUUUUCCCGUUAUUAAUCAAAGGAAAAAAGAAGUUUUUAAAACAAGAAGAUUUGUACAAAACUUCUAAAUAUCAUUCCUCCGAAUAUCUAGGAAAUCUGCUUGAAAAAGAAUGGAAUAAGGAAUUGCAGAAGAAAAAUCCAAGCACAGUAAAAGCAAUACUACGAUUCAUUGGGUGGAAAUACUUAAUAGUAAUUUUAUUUGCAUUUAUUCAGGAAACUGUCAUAGUUAUAAGCAAAGCGUAUAUUUUAGGAUUAAUAAUAUAUUAUUAUGACAAGAAAUCGGAAUGGAAUGAAUCAAAUGUUUAUUUAUUAGUCGCAGGAUUUUGUGGCCUAACAGCGAUUUAUUCGUUGACAUUUAAUACUAAUUACUUUAUAACAGAAGUAUUAGGCAUGAAGUUAAAGGUAGCAUUGUGCACUGUUAUAUACAAAAAGGCAAGUAUUAAAUAUAUCAUUAUAAACAUGUAG